CAUCAACACUAUAAAGUGACGGAUUUGGAGUGGCUAGCUGACCAUUUCACAGUCACAUGUCGUACUAAAUGGAGGUGCCUUGGAUUAUUGUUUCUCUUUGGACUAGAGCUGUCUGGGGACAAAGUUAUUUGGCGGGCGAGCAUCGUCCACUUUGGAUCCUGGAGGAUGGGCUAGCCAAAAGGCACAGACAGAAUCGCCCAGAAGCCGACUAUGAAACCACCACUAGGAUUCCUGCUGCGCUGAUGGUCAGAAGGCAGGGAAGAGGUGGUGGUCAGGAGGAGGAAUCCGGCUCCAUUACUUUUCUUGUUAGACAUGACGAUCGGGAUGCUCCUUCUGCGCCGCCCCCAAUACUGCCCUCCUUGCCUAAGCGACGCUUUAUGAUGCCCCACCGUCUCCAGCUGCCCCAUCGGUACGUACAACCCGUUCAAAAAACCAGAAGCCAGCGGCGGGGAGAACGUCGCCAGCUGCCCGUUUUCGAUAAUGGGCCCGGGGAGAAUUCCCUGCAACUGGGUAUGGGCAACUACCCCGUUUUCGUGUACAAUGGAACCAGGGGAGAACUGAUUCUCAACACCAUGCUAAGCAGGAGGCGUUAUCCCAUGCAGGAACCAGUUCCAGGCCAAGUUCUCUAUCCACCAUCGACCCCCAUGUUUCGUCCAAAACCGAUUGUAGAGCGAUUCCGCUUCCCAGGACAACGGGAGAUCAAGAACCUGACUUUAAUUCCCUUUUAUGCGCAAGAGGCCAUCAGUGAUCCAACCCUAACUAGCACAUCCACUCAAGCACCCACCACCUCCACCACGCCCAUGCCAUUACCCUACGAGACACAGCUGCCCAGAAUCGAGGGAAUGCUAACGCUGGGAAAGCGAAAGAGAAAGAAGGCCAAGCAAUAUGAGGCCUUUCAUUCCCCUCAAGAUGUGAUGCAAUGGCAGACAGUCCUGCGACGAUAUACUGGUCACAACGACAAUCAUCGGCAUCACUCCAGUGAGGAAGUGGAGCCGGAGGAGCAGAAGGAGUUGGGAGAUCUAAGCGAUGGUGUGGAAGAGGAGCUCGAUGAACAAGACUGGCUAACAUCACAGGAAGCCGAAACAGAGGUGGAACUACCUCCCGAGCCAACAGAAACGUCUACCGCCAGCAGCAGUGAGCCCUUCCAGAUCGUCUACAUCGAUGAGAGUCUGGAACGACCAACCAUCGAAACUCUGAGUCCCACUACGCCGCCAACACCAUUGCGACAUAGCUCUCGAUAUGCCCUCAAAAAUAAGUACUAUGCAUUUCCAGUAUAUACCCUGGGUAAACUGCUCCAGCCCAAAACACAGAAUCCAUCCAAGAAUCUACUAGAGAAAAGCGAUCGCUCGGCAAGAAGCUCCUUGGAAAGAGAGCCUAGUACCUGGUUUAUACUGAAUUCACGCUACAAGGGACCAUACCAUCGAUCACAUGGAACAGACAAUCAGACCAAAUACUACACAUCCAAGUACAUAGAGAACGGCUUUAGACCUCGGAGAUAG